AUGUCUCUCCUGCUCUCGCUGUGUAUCGCCUCCCCUUCCCGUAGUGUGUGGGUGGUGUCUUAUGACAGCAGACGGCAUGCCCACGAAUACCGCUGCCGCGUUCGCGUGAGACGCGCGUGUCGUGGACACGCAGCUUCUGCACAACAGCUGCGAGCCCGCCGCCGUCGCCGUACUGUGGCGCAGCAAACGACACGUUACGGCCACACGGGGGUGUGCGCGCUGGCGGCCGCCGCGUGCGUCGGAGGGGCCGGAGUCAUCGUAUCGUGGCAUUACCGCCGCAUCUACCGCGUCUGGCGACUGCGGCACCCGGCGUUUGUGGCGCAGCAGCGACGACUCAUGUGGUUCCUCGCGGCCUCUGAGAUGAUGCUGCUGAUUUUCCUGCUAAGCCCUGUGGGGUUCAUGGCGCAGCACAAG